AUGGAGCUAAAGAAGCCAUCAACGACCAUGCAAUUGGGAUCUGACCCUUCAUCACCCUUCAGCAACCCAAUGAAGUCAACAUUGCCAUUUUUUCAAGAUCUUCCAAACCCAGUUGAAAACAUGAACACAUUGCUCCCAUUUCCUGGCUUUCCAACCAUUCCAAAGAUUCCUCCAAUACCCAAAUUCCCAUUUAUCCCAACCAUGCCUUCAGUUAAUCCUUUUCUUCCUCAACCACCAGUUCCUAAGAAUUCAGAGUCUGUGAUUUCAAGAAAUGAGGCCAAAGCCUCCCCAUGA